AUGGCUCUUCGCUCUGUCAAUCAGCCGAGUGCCGCAAUUAACUAUAGGCGCGUCUAUUCACAGUCAUGGUUGACUAAUCCACACUUUGGGGGUGGACACACCGGAGUAAGCGGAAGUUACAGUGGUGCAAGCUCAGCAGGAAGUGGAGGAGGUUUCACAAGCAGAAGCUCUGGAGGAAGCCGAGUUAUCUUUAGUGGAAGUUCAGGAAGAAGUGGAGGUUACAGUAGUGGAACCACUGGGGGAAGUGCAGGUUAUGGCGCUGGAAGCUCUAGUGGAAGCAGACAUAUUUUUAGUGGAAGCUCUGCAGGAAGUGGAAGUUUCAAUAUUGGAGGCCCUGGAAGAAGUGUAGGUUACAGUAGUGGAGGCUCCAGAAGUUUCAUUAGUGGAAGCUCUGGAGGAAGUUACCGUAGUGGAAGCAUUGGGGGAAGCAGAAUUAUUACUAGUGGAAGCUCUGGAGGAAGUGUAGGUUACAGUAGUGCAGGCUCUGGAGGAAGUGGAAGUUUCAGUAGUGGAAGCUCUGGAGGAAGUUACAUUGGUGGAAGCAAUGGAGGAAGCAGCAUUAUUACUAGUGGAAGCCAUGCAGGAAGUGUAGGUUACAGUAGUGCAGGCUCUGGAGGAAGUGGAAGUUUCAGUAGUGGAAGCUCUGGAGGAAGUUACAUUGGUGGAAGCAAUGGAGGAAGCAGCAUUAUUACUAGUGGAAGCCAUGCAGGAAGUGUAGGUUACAGUAGUGCAGGCUCUGGAGGAAGUGGAAGUUUCAGUAGUGGAGGCGCUGGAGGAAGUUACACUGGUGGAAGCAUUGGGGAAAGUGGAAUUGAGAGCUCAGGAGGAAGUUCAGGUUAUGGUGGUAUAAGCUCUGGUGUAACCAGAGAUAUUAUUAGUGGAAACUCUGGAGAAGGUGAAGGUUACAGUAUUGGUGGCUCUGAAAGAAGUGGAAGUUUCAGUAGUGAAAGCUCUGGAGGACGUUACAGUAGUGGAGGCUUUGGGGAAAGUGGUAUUGGGAGCUCAGGAGAAAGUUCAGGUUAUGGUGGUGUAAGAUCUGGUGAAAGCAGAGAUAUUAUUAGUGGAAACUCUGGAGGAAGUGGAAGUUCCAUUAGUGGAAGCACUGGUGGAAGCCUAGGUUACAGUAGUGUAGGAAGUAGUAGAGGAAGCUCUAGACUAAGUUACAGUAGUGGAAGAACUGAGGAAAGUGGCAGUGGAAGCCCUGGAGUAAGUGUGGGUUAUGGUAGUGAAAGCGCUGGAGGAAGUGCGGGGUAUGGUGGUGGAAGUUCUAGAGAAAACAUAGCCAUUAUUAGUGAAAGCUCUGAAGGAAGUGACAGUUCCAAUAGUGGAAGCAGUGGAGGAAGUUACAGUAGUGGUAGCACUAGGGGAAGCGGUUAUGGAAGCUCUGGAGGAAAUUUAGGUUAUGGUGGUGGAGGCUCUGGUGUAAGCAGAGAUAUUAUUAGUGCAAGCUCUGGAGGAAGUGGAAGUUCCAAUAGUGGAAGCACUGAAGGUAGCAUAGGUUACAGUAAUGGAGGCUCUGGAGGAAGCAGAGGUUUAAAUAGUGGAAGCUCUGAAGUAAUUUACAGUAGUGGAAGCAUUGGGAGAAGUAGUGGUGGAAGCUACAGAGGAAAUGCAGGCUAUGGUGAUGGAAAUUCUAGAGACAACAGAAUUAUUCUUAUUGGUAGCUCCUUAGGAAAUGUAAGUCUUAUAAGUGAAAGCACUGGAGGAAGUGUAGGUUACGGUAGUGGCGGCUCUGAAGGAAGCAGAAGUUUGGGCGGUGGAAGCACUGUAGAAAGUUACAACAGCAGAAGCACUGGAGAAAGCACUAGUGGAACCUCAGGAGGAAGUUCAGGUUUUGGUGGUGAUAGCUCCAGAGAAAGCAUAGCUAUUAUUAGUGAAGGCUCUGAAAGAACUGAACGUUCUAGUAGUGGACACACUGGAGAAAGUUUAGGAUACAGUAGUGGAGGCUCUGGAGGAAGUUACAGUAUUGGAAACCCUGGGAUAAGUGGUGGUGGAAGCUCUAGCGGAAGUGCAGGUUUUGGUGGCAGAAGCUCAGAAACAAACAGACUUAUCAUUACUGGAAUCACUGGAGGAAGUGGAAAUUCUAGUAGUGAAAGCACUAGAGAUGGCAGUGGAAGUUCCAGUAGUGUAAGCACUGGAAGAAGCAUAGGUUACAGUAUUGGUGGCUUUGGAGGAAGUGAAAAUUUCAAUAGUGGAAGCACUGGAGGAAGUUACAGUAGUGGAAGUACUGAGGGAAGCGGUAGGGGGAGUUCUGGAGGAAGCAGAGUUGUUACUAGUGGAAGCUCUGGUGGAAGUGGAAACACCAUUAGUGAGAGGACUGGAGAAAGCAUAGGUAACUAUAAUGGAGGCUCUGGAGGAGGCGGGAGUUUUGGUAGUGGAGGCUCUGGAGGAAGUUUUAGUAGUGAAAGCAGCGGAGUCAGUGAAGGCUACAGUAGAGGAGGCUCUGCAGGAAGCGAGAAUUUCAGUAGUGCAAGCAAUGGAGAAAGCAGUAGAGGAAGCUCUAGAAUUUCCGUUAGUGGAAGUUUUGGAGGAAGUGGAAGUUACAGUAGUGGGAGCAUUGGAGGAAAUGAAGUUCACAGUAUUGGAGGCUCUGAAGGAAGAGGUGUUGGAAGCUUAGUAGGAAGCACAGUUAUUAAUAAUGAAAGCUCUGGAGGAAGUGGAAGUUCCAGUAGUGUAAGCUCUGAUAGAGGUUACAGUAGUGUAAACACUGGGGGAAUAGGUAGUGGUAGCUCUGGAGGAAGUGCAGGUUAUGGUAGUGGAAGCUCUGUUGUAAGCACAGUUAGUGAUAGCUUUGGAGGAAGUGGAAGUUCAAGUACUGGAAGUACUGGAGUAAGUGGUGGUUACAGUAGUGGAGGCAGAAGUUCUAGUAGUGGAAGAUCAGGGGGAAGCAGAAUUAUUAUUAGUGAAAUCUCUAGAGGAAGUGGAAGUCCCAGUAGUGGAAACUUUGGAGGUAGUUAUAGUAGUGGAAGCACUGACGGAAGAGGCACUGGAAGUUCAGGAGGAAGUUCAGGUUAUGGUAGUGGAAUCUCUGGUGUAAGCAGAGUUAAUGGUGGAAGCUUUGGAGGAAGUGGAAGUUCCAGUGUUGGACGUUCUGGAGGAAGUUAUAACAGUGGUAGCACUUGGGGAAGCAGUAGUGGAGGCUCUGGAGGAAAUAUAGGUUAUGGUAGUGGAAGCUCUGUUGUAAGCACAGUUAAUGAUAGCUCCGGAGGAAGUGGAAGUUCAAGUACUGGAAGUACUGGAGUAAGUGGUGGUUACAGUAGUGGAGGUACUGGAGGAAGCAGAAGUUCUGGUAGUGGAAGCUUAGGAGGAAGCAGAUUUAUUAUUAGUGAAAGCUCUAGAGGAAGUGGAAGUUUCAGUAGUGGAAGCACUGGAGGUAGUUAUAGUAGUGGAAGCACUGAUGGAAGAGGUUCUGGAAGUUCUAGAGGAAGUUCAGGUUAUGGUAGUUACAAUAGUGGUAGCACUGGGGGGAGCAGUAGUGGAGGCUCUGGAGGAAAUACAGUUUAUGGUAGUGGAAGCUCUGAUGUAAGCACAGUUAUCAGUAGUGGAAGCUCUGGAGGAAGUGGAAGUUCCAGUAUUGGAAGUUCUGGAGGAAGUUAUAGUAGUGGUAGCACUGGGGGGAGUAGUAGUGGAGGCUUUGGAGGAAAUACAGUUUAUGGUAGUGGAAGCUCUGGUGUAGGCACAGUUAUCAGUAGUGGAAGCUCUGGAGGAAGGGGAAGUUCCAGUAUUGGAAGUUCUAGAGGAAGUUAUAGUAGUGGUAGCACUGGAGGGAGCAGUAGUGGAGGCUCUGGAGGAAAUACAGGUUAUGGUAGUGGAAGCUCUGGUGUAGGCACAGUUAUCAGUAGUGGAAGCUCUGGAGGAAGUAGAAGUUCCAGUAUUGGAAGUUCAGGAAGAAGAUAUAGUAGUGGUAGCACUGGGGGGAGCCGUAGUGGAGGCUCUGGAGGAAAUACAGUUUAUGGUAGUGGAAGCUCUGGUGUAGGCACAGUUAUCAGUAGUGGAAGCUCUGGUGGAAGUAGAAGUUCCAGUAUUGGAAGUUCUGGAGGAAGUUAUAGUAGUGGUAGCACUGGAGGGAGCAGUAGUGGAGGCUCUGGAGGAAAUACAGUUUAUGGUAAUGGUAGCUCUGGUGUAGGCACAGUUAUUAGUAGUGGAAGUUCUGGAGGAAGUGGAAGUUCCAGUACUGGAAGUUCUGGAGGAAGUUAUAGUAGUGGUAGCACUGGAGGGAGCAGUAUUGGAGGCUUUGGAGGAAAUACAGUUUAUGGUAGUGGAAGCUCUGGUGUAGGCACAGUUAUCAGUAGUGGAAGCUCUGGAGGAAGUGGAAGUUCCAGUAUUGGAAGUUCUAGAGGAAGUUAUAGUAGUGGUAGCACUGGAGGGAGCAGUAGUGGAGGCUCUGGAGGAAAUACAGGUUAUGGUAGUGGAAGCUCUGGUGUAGGCACAGUUAUCAGUAGUGGAAGCUCUGGAGGAAGUAGAAGUUCCAGUAUUGGAAGUUCAGGAGGAAGUUAUAGUAGUGGUAGCAUUGGGGGGAGCAGUAGUGGAGGCUCUGGAGGAAAUACAGUUUAUGGCAGUGGAAGCUCUGGUGUAGGCACAGUUAUCAGUAGUGGAAGCUCUGGAGGAAGAAGAAGUUCCAGUAUUGGAAGUUCUAGAGGAAGUUAUAGUAGUGGUAGCACUGGAGGGAGCAGUAGUGGAGGCUCUGGAGGAAAUACAGUUUAUGGUAACGGAAGCUCUGGUGUAGGCACAGUUAUCAGUAGUGGAAGCUCUGGAGGAAGUAGAAGUUCCAGUAUUGGAAGUUCUGGAGGAAGUUAUAGUGGUGGUAGCACUGGGGAGAGCAGUAGUGGAGGGUCUGGAGGAAAUACAGUUUAUGGUAGUGGAAGCUCUGGUUCAGGCACAGUUAUCAGUAGUGGAAGCUCUGGAGGAAGUGGAAGUUCCAGGAUUGGAAGUUCUGGAGGAAGUUAUAGUGGUAGCACUGGGGGGAGCAGUAGUGGAGGCUCUGGAGGAAAUACAGUUUAUGGUAGUGGAAGCUCUGGUUCAGGCACAGUUAUCAGUAGUGGAAGCUCUGGAGGAAGUGGAAGUUCCAGUAUUGGAAGUUCUAGAGGAAGUUAUAGUAGUGGUAGCACUGGGGGGAGCCGUAGUGGAGGCUCUGGAGGAAAUACAGUUUAUGGUAGUGGAAGCUCUGGUGUAGGCACAGUUAUCAGUAGUGGAAGCACUGGUGGAAGUGGAAGUUCCAGUAUUGGAAGUUCUAGAGGAAGUUAUAAUAGUGGUAGCACUGGAGGGGGCAGUAGUGGAGGCUCUGUAGGAAAUACAGUUUAUGGUAGUGGAAGCUCUGGUGUAGGCACAGUUAUCAGUAGUGGAAGCUCUGGAGGAAGUGGAAGUUCCAGUACUGGAAGUUCAGGAGGAAGUUAUAGUAGUGGUAGCACUGGGGGGAGCAGUAUUGGAGGCUUUGGAGGAAAUAUAGUUUAUGGUAGUGGAAGCUCUGGUGUAGGCACAGUUAUCAGUAGUGGAAGCUCUGGAGGAAGUGGAAGUUCCAGUAUUGGAAGUUCUGGAGGAAGUUAUAGUCGUGGUAGCAAUGGGGGGAGCAGUAGUGGAGGCUCUGGAGGAAAUACAGGUUAUGGUAGUGGAACCGCUGGUGUAGGCACAGUUAUCAGUAGUGGAAGCUCUGGAGGAAGUGGAAGUUCCAGUAUUGCAAGUUCUGGAGGAAGUUAUAGUAGUGGUAGCACUGGAGGGAGCAGUAGUGGAGGCUCUGGAGGAAAUACAGUUUAUGGUAAUGAAAGCUCUGGUGUAGGCACAGUUAUCAGUAGUGGAAGCUCUGGAGGAAGUGGAAGUUCCAGUAUUGGAAGUUCUGGAGGAAGUUAUAGUGGUGGUAGCACUGGAGGGGGCAGUAGUGGAGGCUCUGUAGGAAAUACAGUUUAUGGUAGUGGAAGCUCUGGUGUAGGCACAGUUAUCAGUAGUGGAAGCUCUGGAGGAAGUGGAAGUUCCAGUAUUGGAAGUUCUAGAGGAAGUUAUAGUAGUGGUAGCACUGGGGGGAGCAGUAGUGGAGGCUCUGGAGGAAAUACAGGUUAUGGUAGUGGAAGCUCUGGUGUAGGCACAGUUAUCAGUAGUGGAAGCUCUGGAGGAAGUGGAAGUUCCAGUAUUGGAAGUUCAGGAGGAAGUUAUAGUAGUGGUAGCACUGGGGGGAGCCGUAGUGGAGGCUCUGGAGGAAAUACAGCUUAUGGUAGUGGAAGCUCUGGUGUAGGCACAGUUAUCAGUAGUGGAAGUUCUGGAGGAAGUGGAAGUUCCAGUAUUGGAAGUUCUGGAGGAAGUUAUAGUGGUGGUAGCACUGGGGGGAGCAGUAUUGGAGGCUUUGGAGGAAAUACAGUUUAUGGUAGUGGAAGCUCUGGUGUAGGCACAGUUAUCGGCAGUGGAAGCUCUGGAGGAAGUGGAAGUUUCAGUAUUGGAAGUUCAGGAGGAAGUUAUAGUAGUGGUAGCACUAGAGGGAGCAGUAGUGGAGGCUCUGGAGGUAAUACAGUUUAUGGUAGUGGAAGCUCUGGUGUAGGCACAGUUAUCAGCAGUGGAAGCUCUGGAGGAAAUGGAAGUUCCAGUAUUGGAAGUUCAGGAGGAAGUUAUAGUAGUGGUAGCACUGGGGGGAGCCGUAGUGGAGGCUCUGGAGGAAAUACAGCUUAUGGUAGUGGAAGCUCUGGUGUAGGCACAGUUAUCAGUAGUGGAAGUUCUGGAGGAAGUGGAAGUUCCACUAUUGGAAGUUCUGGAGGAAGUUAUAGUGGUGGUAGCACUGGGGGGAGCAGUAUUGGAGGCUUUGGAGGAAAUACAGUUUAUGGUAGUGGAAGCUCUGGUGUAGGCACAGUUAUCGGCAGUGGAAGCUCUGGAGGAAGUGGAAGUUUCAGUAUUGGAAGUUCAGGAGGAAGUUAUAGUAGUGGUAGCACUAGAGGGAGCAGUAGUGGAGGCUCUGGAGGUAAUACAGUUUAUGGUGGUGGAAGCUCUGGUGUAGGCACAGUUAUCAGCAGUGGAAGCUCUGGAGGAAAUGGAAGUUCCAGUUUUGGAAGUUCUGGAGGAAGUUAUAGUAGUGGUAGCACUGGGGGGAGCAGAAGUGGAGGCUCUGGAGGUAAUACAGUUUAUGAUAGUGGAAGCUCUGGUGUAGGCACAGUUAUCAGUAAUGGAAGAUCAAGUAGUAGAAGAACUGGAGUAAGCAGCGGUUACAGUAGUGGAGGCACUGGAGGAAGCCGUAGUUCUGUAACGGAAGCUCUGGAGGAAGUGGAAGUUCCAUUAGUGGAAGUUCCGGAGGAAGUCACAAUAAUGGAACCACUGGGGGAAGUCGUAGUGGAAGCUUCACAAGAAGUAGAAUUAUUAUCAGUGGAAGUUCCAGAGGAAGUGGAAAUUACAGUGCUGGGAGCACCGGAGUAA